GAGUGAUCCGGAUCUCAGAGGGGCGGUCGGGGUUGCACUGCGGUAAUAUGGCUCUUCCUUGAGCCCGCGGCGGGUUGGCCGGAGGUGGGGUGGCGCCUCUCUUGGCUGCGGAGGCUCGGCAGGUCCUGGCUAGGAGGUGGUGACGGAUGCUGGAGGAGCACCUUUCUGGCCGCUUGGCGGCCCCGGGCUCCCGAUGAGCAGCUCGGCGUCGCUCGGGGGCCCGGUGCCCCCUCUGCCCCCGGGCCCUGCCACCGCUCUGCCGCCGGGUUCCGCGGCGCGGGCCCUGCAUGUGGAGCUACCAUCGCAGCAGCGGCGUCUUCGACAUCUUCGGAAUAUUGCUGCCCGGAACAUCGUGAACAGAAAUGGCCAUAACCUUCUCAACACCUACUUCACACUCCACUUGUGCAAUACUGAGAAGAUUUCUAAAGAAUUUUAUAGAAGUGAAGUGAUUAAGAAUUCCUUGAACCCAACAUGGCGGAGUCUAGAUUUUGGAAUAAUGCCAGACCAUCUUGACACAUCAGUGUCUUGUUUUGUGGUGAAGAUCUGGGGUGGAAAGGAUGACACCUAUCAGCUGCUGAUUGAGUGGAAAGUCUGUUUGGAUGGACUGAAAUACUUGGGUCAGCAGAUUCAUGCGCGCAACCAAAAUGAAAUAAUUUUUGGACUGAAUGAUGGCUACUAUGGUGCUCCACUUGAACAUAAGGGUUAUUCAAAUGCUCAGAAGAAUAUUCUUCAGGUGGAUCAAAAUUGUGUUCGCAAUUCUUAUGAUGUCUUCUCUUUGCUGCGGCUUCAUAGAGCCCAGUGUGCAAUUAAACAGACUCAGGUAACCGUUCAGAAAAUAGGAAAGGAAAUUGAAGAAAAACUAAGACUCACAUCUACAAGCAAUGGUCUGAAAAAAGAAAGUGAGUGCCUGCAAUUAAAAAUUUUGGUGCUUCAAAAUGAACUGGAAAGGCAGAAGAAAGCUUUGGGACGGGAGGUGACAUUACUGCAUAAGCAGCAAGUUACACUGCAGGACAAAGGCAGUGUGUUUUCCACUGAACAUCUCAAACUCCAGCAUCAGAAAGAAUCCUUGAAUGAGCUGAGGAGGGAGUGUACUGCCAAAAGAGAACUCUUUCUGAAGACCAAUGCUCAGUUGACAAUUCGUUGUAGGCAGUUACUCUCUGAGCUUUCCUACAUAUACCCUAUUGUUUUGAAUGAGCAUAAGGAUUAUUUUGUAUGUGGUGUCAAGUUGCCGAAUUCUGAAGAUUUCCAAGCAAAAGAUGACGGAAGCAUUGCAGUUGCUCUUGGUUACACUGCUCAUUUGGUCUCCAUGAUCUCCUUUUUCCUGCAAGUGCCCCUCCGGUAUCCUAUAAUUCAUAAAGGAUCAAGAUCAACCAUCAAAGACAAUAUCAAUGACAAACUGACUGAAAAGGAAAGAGAGUUCCCACUAUACCCAAGAGGAGGUGAGAAGCUGCAAUUUGAUUAUGGUGUUUAUCUUCUGAACAAAAAUAUUGCCCAGCUAAGAUAUCAGCAUGGACUAGGGACUCCAGACUUAAGGCAAACCCUUCCAAACCUGAAAAGCUUCAUGGAGCAUGGACUGAUGAUCAGGUGCGACAGACAUCACACCUCCAGUGCAAUCCCUGUUCCCAAGAGACAAAGCACCGUAUUUGGGGGCACAGAUCUGGGCUUCUCUGGGGGGAUCCCGUCACCAGACAAAGGACACCGAAAACGGGCCAGCUCAGAUAAUGAGAGACUACAGUACAAAUCUCCUCCUCCUAGUUACAGCUCAGCCUCAACCCAGCCCAUGCCCACCAUCCCCAAUACAGGCGAGUCUGAGAGGAAGGCGACAUCUCUGUCUUCCUCCCUAGAUACGUGCUUGGACUUCUCCAAAGAAAACAAAAACAAGGGAAUCAAUUUGGGCGAAAGCUUAAAUGGAGGUCCAGUGAGUGUGCACACUAGCCAAGACCAGGGAGAAACCCUCUCGGGGCAUCCAGCUACAGUCAAUGGCUCCCUCCUUCCCAGUGAGCAGGCUAGCUCUUCAGGUGUCCAGCUUCCAGCUGAGUUCCAUCAUGCCUCCAACACUGAGCUCUGCUGUGCCGUGGAGCAAGCUGAAGAAAUCAUCGGGAUGGAAGCCACAGGUUUCACCUCAGGUGAUCAGCUAGAAGCCUUCAGCUGCAUCCCAGUGGAUAGUGCUGUGGCAGUGGAGUGUGAUGAACAAGUCCUGGGGGAAUUUGAAGAGUUCUCCCGAAGAAUCUAUGCACUGAAUGAAAAUGUAUCCAGCUUCCGCCGGCCACGCAGGAGUUCUGACAAGUGAAGAGAGCAGACGGACCAGAACAAAAUGAAGAUGAAGCUGCACUGGUUACCCUUUGUAACAGUUAUGACCCAAAGUGAAUAUUAGUGGAGGAUAUUCCUCAUGAAGACAGACUCAAGAAAGGACUCAGGAUCCUUGUGUAGCUAUGGGCCAGACCAAGUUAGAUUUUGCUUGUAAGAUUUGUAUUUUAGGCCUGAUGAUUGUGUUAAGGCAAGGUUGUUCUAGCUUGAGCCACCUCAUAGGUAUCUGUCUGCUCUUUUAAUUUACAUUUCUAUGUAAUCCUAAGAGGGAAGAUGAUAAUAUAUAAAUAAUAUAAAGAACUCACCUUCCAUUUCUUGUAGGCAUUUCCCUCUCACCACAGUUUAUAAAACUUGGGGGGAAAUUCACUAUCUAGGAAAAGGUUCCAUUUGGUUGAUGAAGAAGAAGCACAAUGGUUUCCUCAUGCCCGGCCCAUCUGUUCCUGUUUCCAGAAUCCAGUGGCCUGAUAGGUGCCACAACUGGCCCAUUCAUAUCAGGCAGUUUCCACACCUAGAAAGCUGAAGGAGUGAGAGGCUCUUUAGUGCAGGAGGCAAGACCUUCCCCCUCCUCUAGUCAGCAAUACCCUUCAGGGAAACUUCACAUGAGAUUAAAAAAAAAAAAAAAACCCUCAGGUGUGUCUCCCAGGGGGUUGUCAGAGACAAUUAUAGUCAGAUACAAUUAUUAUAGUCAAAUGGCAUCCAAUCCUGUUUAGGAGGUCACCAUUUUUAUGGAGCAUAUGCUGCAAUCAAGCUAGACAUCAGGCUUUCUGGCAACACAUUCACUAGACAAAAAGAAAAAAACAACAUAUAUAAUACCCAUGUUAAUUUAUUAAAUUUUAGUUGGAAAGAAAGGCAUUGACUAUGAUGAAAAGUGGAGUCAGGCUGUGUCCAAUACACAAACUGCAAGUCAGUUGAGAUAGUUGGAUUAAAAAGCAAAGAAUAUUACUGGUGUGUGUGCAAUUGCAUAAAUAUUAAAUUAUGUUUUGUCAUCCAGUUGUCAUUCCUGGAACUCAGAUUUUAUUUGCUGUUGCUUUAUACGUUAUUUACCCAAGGAUAUCACCUCAGGGUUGCAAGCUCUUUAAGGAAAUUUAUCCAUAUAUCCAUGUAUUAUAUAGAAAAAAUAAAAACUGAAUUUAC